AUGUUCAGCGGCGUGGCGUCACCGAUCUUGUUGAAUUUCAUUGUUUCUCUAUCAUAUGCCGCCCGUCCUGCUUUCAAUGGCCUGUUGCAGGAAACGCUGACGGUGCAACCUGACGAAGCCUUGACACAUAUUGUCAGCAUCGGUGCCCCAUCGUUGUUCCAAUCCGUGUCUAAUGGGACCAGCUACACCCUUCCAGCGAACCAAGUGUCGAAUCUCAUUCAGCAGGACGGAUUCAAUAACGUGAUCGCGCAGUUCCUCGCAGCCCAGCAGUCAUGGGCCGCAUGCAAAGCAACCAUCAAGGCAAGGUGGGACGCCUACACUUCGAGCUACAUCGAGCACGGCCACAUGAUCUGGGUGAGCAAUCUCAAAGGCUAUGGCGAAGACACAGUAUUUUGCAUGGUCGUCGAAACAUACGAAGAUUCUUUACUGGUUGACGUUCUGAAUGAUGAACAUCAGCCCGUUAACGAACGGCACAUGAUAUCAUAUAACCAGAUCGAGUCCCAUGCAGACAGUCUUUCAAACCUGAUAACGCAAAUCAGACACUUGCCCUGCGUAGCAGCAACCAUGACGAACCUGCAGACGGCCAUCAGCAGUGCAGCGCGAACAACUGGUGCAUACUUGGCGUACAAAUUGCUCAACUUCCAAACCAGCGGGUACGCAAAGUUGGCUUUCGGCAUCGGUGCCUCGUGGCGCGGCAGCGGAGUUCUGCCGCACUCGCUUCGCGUCGAGGGUGGUCUGGGGGUGGUGCUUUGGCCGAGCAGCCUGGCGGGCACGAUCACGCACGAGGUCUGCACUGGCAAGGACUCGAAUCGUAAGGCAGUGGAUCUCUCCAUAAGUCUUGAGAUUGGCUUCGACAGGUCUUGCUUCACAGGCUACGGGCUCUCCUUCGCUGGAGCGCUCCAGCUGCCCCACGGCCAAGAAGUCGUGGGCGGAUUUGGCAUUGACUGCGAUCUCUCGAACAAGUGCAUGGAGGAGUGCAUUGCCAAUGGUGGAGCAAGCCCAGUGUGCUACCCUAAGGGACCGAUCCGCUGCCGAUUCGGCCUCCGGCUUCCGUUCUCCGAGCCGGAUGCGGCCAUGGGCCCCGAGUCCACGAGCUCCGACGAGACUCCGACGUCGACCCGGCUGGUGUUGGAACUCUGCGAGGGCGGGGAGCUCUACGACCGCAUUCAGCAGAAGCAGUACUACCCAGAACACGAGGCCAAGGCGUGCUGCCGGCAACUCAUGGAGGCCGUCUCCUACAUGCACGGCAAGGGCAUCAUGCACCGUGACCUGAAGCCAGAGAAUAUCCUCUUGGCCAGCAAGGUCAGCAACACGGACGUCAAGAUCUCGGAUUUCGGCCUUGCUAAGAUAUCGCGCGACUUCCCGCGAAGGCUGCCGCGGUCGCACUCCAUCUGCGGCUCUGACUUCUACCUGGCGCCGGAGGUGAUCAAGCAGGAGGAAUACGGCCGCGAGAUUGACAUCUGGGCCGUGGGCGUGAUCACGUACGUGUUGCUCAGCGGGUCCCUGCCGUUCUUCCACAACGUGCUCCACAAGCUCUACCGCCAGGACGAUUGUCGAGCGGGACCUGAGCUUCCCAGAGCAGGCGUGGAAGAACGUGUCCAAGGGCGCGUUGGAUUUCAUCCUGAGACUGCUGCAGGUGCGCGCCGGGGACCGCCUCACCGCCGACCAGGAGCGCUGAGCCACCCGUGGCUCCGCGGCACCGGCGGGUCCAGCUUCGGCAGCUUCGAGGACGGCGUGCUUUCCAGGCGCUCCGGAGGCGCCCUGGCGCAUCCGAACUACUACAACACCCACCAGUACGCCGGCUGCACGCCAAGCAUGCAGAGCUCGGGCUCCCUGUCGCGCAACGACUCCUCGACGCACGGCGGCCGGGCGGGCGCCGCGCCGCACCCGCUGGAGCACGCGCACAAGGUCGUCAACCAGCCCGCGGCCCAGGUCCAGGCGGCGCCUCCGCACGGCCCGGGCGCCGCCCAAGAGCGGCACGGCCCGCCGCCGCGGCCCCGAGGCAGCGGCAGCGUGCCGCCGCACUACUAGGAGGCUGCGCCGCGCGGGUGGCCCCCAGGGCGCCAGGGGCGACCGCGAGACGGAGGGGCCCUCCCCCUCGACCGCGGAGCCCGGGAGCGGCCGCGCCCGCCCCCCCCAGCGCGGCCCAGGUGGUUGCCAUCCGCCGGGCAACGGCGCUGCAGAGUGCCAAUGACCCACGACCCGCGCGCGGGAAUCACCAACCGCGGGACCGAGGCGUUGCAGGAGUGAAUUCGUGGA